UUCAUAUAAAUUACCAUUGGCCGUACAUCCAGUUGAGGAAUCGUACAAUUCAAAUGCUUCAUUAUGGAUACACUUAAGCAGUGCUAUGCGUUCAACAUUAUCGUGCUGCAAUCAAGUUUGCCCGUUAUCGAGGAGGAGGAGAGUCCGUAUAGGUAUCGAGUGCGUAUAUACAAUGAGUUCUUGGAACUGUCCCCAGAUCGAGUCGUAGCCGAACACUUUCCAAGUAAUCCGAUAAGUACCGUUGUGGCUAGCCCCUGCGAUUUGGUUGGCUCCCUGAGCUCCAAGGGCAUCUGCGUGACCGUUUACGAGAAUGACACUUUGUUUGGCUGCGGCACCUGCAGACCUUCGACUGGACUGCUGCGCAUGCUGGCGGAUCCCACCUUCUCGUGCACUGAGAGCCUUGCCGUCACCUUGGAGAAGGGCAAAAGGCGCAUGGGCCAGCUGCAGCUUAAGAUCAAUAUCAGCUCCGUCGAUCCGGAUCUAGACGCCCGCCUGCUUCCCUUUGGCUGUUACGAUGUCUGCCGGCCGCUGGACAAGUCCGUCAACCCGCGUGACAUAAUAUUCACGCUGGGCCGUUCCCGGAAGUGCGCGGGCACCAGCUGCAUCACAGACGAGCGCCUCAUGUCGCAGGCCGGAGCACCAUUUAACUGCACGCAUAAGGAGAAUCCGCCGGCUGGCAAGGAAUGCAGCUGUGGGGUGCGCGGGGCGAAGACACCGCCAUCACUGGAUGCAAGCAAGGAACGCGAACGUAAAAUGCUGAAGAAGCUGCUCGUGGAUCUGGAAAUAGACAGGGAGCGUGUGCCCACGCCGCCAUCGUGUCAUGAACGCUCCAGGCAUUGCCAGUGCGUUCGAUCAAGCAGCGACAGCAGCAGCUCAUACGAUUCCAGCGACAGCAGCCUGUACCAGGAUCGGAAGUUCAGGCAGAGCGAGCCGGAAUUCGAUGCCACACUUUCGCCUCAGCAGCUGGAGGAGCUGCAGGAAGUGCGCAAGCGCGCUCUAGGCGCCUGUCCCAUCAUCAGGGCACCGGAGCUGGCCACUCCCAAGUACACGCCCCCGCUGCUGUGCUCCGUGUGCCAUGCCAACAUCACGUGGCUGCCCAAGUUUGCCGCCUGCCCGUAUUGCGGCUACAGGCGCUGCGACCUGGAGCAGCCCAGCGAGGAGCCGUUCGAUGAGAUGGCCACCGCAGCGGACGUCCUGCGCGAUCACGUGCUCCACGCGCGCGUUAGCAGUGAGUCCAGCCAGAGGCGGCGCUUCACGUGCGGCAACGGUGAUUCGGCGUCAUGCAGCGCCACCAAGAUCACCAAGACCUGCACCUGCAAGGGGGGACGGGUCUGCACUCGCUGCCGCAUCCAGCAGCUCUGCGAUAACAUGAUCGAUACGAAGCCCAAGUCGCCGGAGAGCAAGUCGCCUGCGCGGCCCCUCUCGCCGAAGAAGACGCCAUCGACACCCUCGCAGCAUCGCCAACAUCUGCUCAAGAUCUUCUCCGACAUGCAGAAGGUGGUGGGCGGCAAGCCGUCCGCCAAGGAGGUGACCGAGAACGUGCUGAAGCAGUGCGCAGAGGUCACGCGGAAGGGCAAGAAGGGUCGCCGACGGUCGACGUCAAUCAAGAAGCUGCUUAGGGAAAUGGAGGAGAGUGUGCCAACCAAGCGCAAGAAGAAAUCCAAGUGCUCGAAGCGAAAGAGCAAACGUCGCAAGUCCAAGCGCUAUACGUUCCUGGUGCGCAAGGAUACGAUUCGGCGGCCAAUCACCCAUCACUCCUGCUCGCAGGGCAGCGGCCGAGUGCCCUGCCACAUGGGCUGGAUGUGGACCAAGAGCGAGCUGGCCGCCCACCACAAAAGCUGGAAGCCGGGCGCCAUCAAGAAGUCCAUACGGGAGCUGAUGGCCUAUUUCCUGAAGGACUAUCCCGCCGACAGGAUUGUGAACUCGCGCUUUCACUAUCGCACCCGCAAGGAGCCAGACAAGUGCGCUGUCGAGGAGCCCCUCAUACAGCACCCGACGCUGCAUAUAGUCAAGAAGCACGACGAGUACACCAUCACCCUGCGGCCGCUCAAGGAUGCCAAGACCCUGGCGGUGGCUGCCAAUCCGUAUGCGAACAUGAAGCCAGUCGUCUUUCGCAUUUCCAAGGAUCCAAUCGCGACCGGCAAGCGCAACAUUAAGCUCGGCCUCAGCGACAGGGGCUACGAUGUGUGCACCUGCGGUCAGCCGGUGUCCCACUGCUUCUGUCGCAGUCAUAUCGACCAGAAGCUCCUCGUCGAGGAUGUGAAAAUUCUGAGCGCGGAGCAGGGCUGGCAGGACGUCAGCGACACCUUCGUCUACUCUGACCUCAGCGAGAGUGACAGCGACAACGAACUGGAGUUUGGCGUGACGCCGCCGGCGGGCAUCGUCAAGCCGGAGCGCUGCAAUCGACCCGAUCGGGUGAACUGUGAGACGCAGUACAAUGAGAACGACUGGGCCCUGCCCACCAUGUAUCCGCAUCCGCCCAACGCCCAGGUGCAGUACGGUGGCUGCGUCAUAGGCGAGCGCAAGGACAGAUUCCCCUGGAUCUUUGGCAAGGGCUUCGUGCAUCGGGAGCCAAAGCCGCCCAAAAUGAUCAACAGACGUAAGACAGACAAGCCCAAGGCAGCAGACAAGUCCAAGGGCCGACUGAAGGGUGGAGCCGACACCGCAGUUUUCAGAGGCGGUUUCGAUCCAUACAGCGGCAAGCCCACCUGGCUCAAAGCAAACUAAGCGAAUCUAAAACUAGAAUCGAGAAAUGAAAUUUUAAGUAAAGGAAAAAUCUCACGAAUCUGUUGUAAGCACGAUGGGAGACAAGAGCAACGUGGUCAAUUGGUCAGCAAAGCGGAGCAGCCAGCAGUGUGCAGAUUUUAAGUUAAAUAUCAACUUUUAUGUAACUUAAGGAAACAUUUUACAAGUCUAAAUCAUAAAUAAAUAAAAAAAUGUGC